UCGUGCACUGAAACAUUGAUUUUGUUUCAAUAUACGGGACGACCGGAUUUUUGCGUGCAGGGUGCUCGGAUACCGGGGAGUUCACGCACGCAGUGGCGUUACACCAAGGACUUUUAUGGGAAUUCGUUAAAUCUGUGUUCUAAUUGUUUAGGAGAAAUGUUGAGCAUACCAAGAUGCUGUGUGCUUGCUGCACGAACAGCCUUAUGCGGACCAAAUAUAUCGAGAGUGCCAAAGAGGUUGAUGUCCGCCGCCCGGCGCCGGUUCUACCGGUCGGUGGGUGUGGCCGGCGCCGACGGCCAGUUCGAGGUGAGCCUGGACCAGCGCAAGCUGAAGACGCCCGGCGGCCGCCUGCUGCAGCUGCCCAGCCGGCCUCUGGCGCUGGCCGUGGCACACGAGUGGGAGACUGUGGCCGAGCACAUCCAGACCAGUCAGAUGCACGUGACGGGCCUCUGCUUCACCGUGCUGGACAACCCACACCGGAGGACGGACGUCGACCUGGCGCGCAAGAUCGCCGGCUACCUCGACACCGACACCGUCCUCUUCCCUGUCGAGCUGCCGGCAGAGCUGGCCGAGAUCCAGCGUCGCGAGUGGGGCGCCGUGCUGCAGUGGCUACGUCACCGGUUCGACGUUGCUAUCGAGCCGUCCGAGCCCGGCUCCCUGGUCUCCACCGUGCCGCCGGAGACGGCGGAGACGCUGCAGCGGUAUCUCUCCACACACAACACGUGGGCCCUGACCGGUCUGCUGUUUGCCAUCGAAGCCGUCCGGUCGACGGUGCUGCCUCUGGCGGCGCUGGAGCGCAAGCUCUCGCCGCAGGAGGUGGUACGGCUCUCCAGGCUGGAGGCCGACUAUCAGGCGCGGGUCUGGGGACGAGUGGAGUGGGCGCACGACGUGGACUGCCUGGACACGGAGGCGCGCGUCUCUGCCGGCCUGCUGCUCGCCCACCUCUGCACGGCCACGUCACACUCGGUCCGACAGAAGGAGCGCUCGGCCUGACUGCUCCGACCC